AUUGCAGAUCUAGCAGGACCCGAGGCGAAUCAGCUUAUUCUUCGUUCCUGUCUGGACGUUCUCUUUAGCGACGACCAAGGCGGUCAGAGCGUGGAAUUGAAGCAUCACCUGUUAGCAUCCACGUUAGAGUGCCUUUCUCGUAGAUCCGAUUUUCCGACAACCGUAGCUCGAGCUUUAGGUAAUUUCUCCGAACCUUACAAGGGUUUCUUGAAGAUAUCGCUCGCGAUUAUUAGUCUUCCUGUCGCUGUUCAGCUCCGCUUAGGCGUUGGUCUCGCUGACGUUGGUUCUCCAUUUUGGAAGGAAGAAGCUCUUGACUUAAUCGACUGCGUGAUUGGCGGAUUGCCUGAAGCCGAGGUUUCUGCACUACCAGGCGAUUUGUUCUGGAGCGUCUUUCUCACGUGUUCGUCUUAUCCGAAGCUCAAGGAGCACUCUCUCAUCUUGGAGGAAUCGCUCUGCUGGCGUCUUACCAGGGAUCCGUUCCCGAUUUACCUCCUUCCGUUCCUAGAAAGGAGCGGUUCGCUCGGGAAAGAUUUCGUUGACCUGCCUCGGGAUUGGUCCGCCUUCGUCAAUUCCAUCAUGGCUUCAUCUUCCGCGUCCGCUUCCGGUUCCGGUUCCGCCUCCGGCUCCAAGGCGAAAGACAUGGCGACGGCGAUGGAGGAGCUAGGGUUUGGCUGCACCGACACGGUGGAGCACUGCAAGGCCGUGCUCAAGGAGCACAGCGCCGGCAGCAGCAUCAGCGAAGCGGACGUUGCGCGGGUCAUGGGAGUGGUGGCGAAGGGUUCCGUGGAAACUCGUGGCGGGGGUGGCGGCGCUGGGCCGCUCACGUUCUGGAACGUGGAUGUGCUGGUUGAAGCCAUUGUUCAGCUGGCGCCGAGGCUGAGCUGGUCGUCGGUGAUCAACCAUCUGGACUACCCGGGCUUCUUUGUCAAGGAUCAGAAGGGCUUCAGCGCGCUCGUGCUUAUGCACUCCAAAGCUACCAAGGAGCUCUUCCCCCUGCCGUCCGUAUGCAGCAAGCUGUGGGCGAACGCGGAGGGGCAGCUCUCCUUCCUCCGCCACGCGGUCUCCGCGCCCCCCGAAGUCUUCACCUUCGCGCACUCCCCCCGCCAAAUCCCCCCCAUGGACAACCUCCACGGGCACAAGCUCCCCACGGGCACCCCCAACUGCGCCUGGGUCUCCCUAGACCUUCUCGAAGCCCUCUGUAGGAUCGGCGAGACUGGGAGGAAGGCGGAGGUGGUGGAAGUGCUGGGGUACCCGAUAAAGCACUGCCCGGAGGUGCUUAUAGUGGGGCUGGCGCAGGUGAAGACGCCCGGAGGGGGGGUGAUUCAGAGGGAGGUUCUGGGGGCGUUGGUGCCUCUGUAUCUGGCGAAUAAUCCGAACUCGAGCAUUGUGCUGCAUGCGCUGUGGGGGGUGCCCGGGGGAAAGGACGUGGUGAUGCAGGCGAUGGUGGGCGUGCACGCCAGCGAUCCCACCAGCAUUGCUCGCCUGCUCGACGUGUGCCAGGAUCUCAAGGCUCUCUCGGUGGUGCUGGAGAGCACGCCCUUCUCUUUCUCCCUGGACCUCGCUUCUCUUGCCUCUCGCCGCGAGUACCUCAACCUCGAGAAGUGGCUGCAGGAGGCGCUCACUCUGCACCGCGACUCGCUCUUCAAGGCGUGUCUGCAGUUCCUGAGGGCCAAGCUGGUGCAGGACAGUCAGGACGCCAGUGCACAGCGAAUCAACCUUUCUCUGGAAACGCUCGCCAUCUUCUUCAAGGUCCUCCAAGCCAACGCGCCGCAGCUGCAGGCGCCCGAGCUGGGCGAUGAGCUUAAAGCCCUGUACGCGUCCGCGCUGCAGCUGCACCCGGCGCUGCAGACCGUGGCAGUGCCUGAGCAGGCCCCUGCAGACGUGUUUGCGAGCGACAUAGAGGAGGAGGCGAAUGCGUACUUCCAGAAGAUCUACGUGGGGCAGUUGAGCAUUGAGGAGGUGGUGGAUAUGCUGAAGCGCUUCAACGGCUCCUCCGUGCAAAGGGAGCAAGAUGUGUUUGCGUGCAUGAUUCAGAGCCUAUUUGACGAGUACCGCUUCUUCCCGCGCUACCCCGACAAGGAGCUCCGCAUCACUGCUGUCCUCUUCGGCUCCCUGGUGAAGCACCAGCUAGUGUCGUCCAUCACCCUGGGCAUAGCCCUGCGCUGUGUGCUAGACGCACUCAAGAAGCCCUCCGACUCCAAGAUGUUCUCCUUUGGCGUCACCGCGCUCGAGCAGUUCCACCAGCGCCUGCCCGAGUGGCCGCCCUACUGCACGCACAUCCUGCACAUCCCGCACCUGCAGGACGUGCACCCGCGCCUGUACGCGUUAGUUCAGGCUGCUGCAGCGGCGCCAGCGAGUAAAGGCGUGGCUGGGGAAGGUUUAUCUGGUGCAGGCGGUGCUGCUGCUGCUGCUGCUGGUGGUGGCGGUGGUGGUGCUGCUGCUGGUGGUGCUGGUGGUGGUGCUGCAGGUGCUGGUAACGUGGGAGGGAAUGGGGAGGGUGGGGUGGUGGCAGGGGCAGGGGCAGGUGGUCCCAGUGCUGUUAGUGGUGCUGCUGCCACUGGUGCGGCUGCUGGCGCUGCUGGCGGUGUUUCCACUGGUGGGGCUGGUGGGGGAGGAGGGGGUGUGGAUGGUGGAGGUGCCAUUGGUGCAGGCGACAAGGGGAAGGGUGCUUCUGGUGGUGGUGAUACUGGGGGUGUGGGGCCUCAGGAUAAGGCGGGGAAGUCAGCGGAUGGUGUGGCAGGGAAGGGAGCAGUGGAGGGGAAGGAUGGUGCUGGGGGGGUAACACAGGGGCAGGCGCAGGGACAGGCACCAGGGCAGGGGCAGGUGAAAGCAGAGCAAAAGAAGGAAGAGGCGGAAGAGAAGCAGGGAGAGCAGCAAGAUGGGGCUGUGGGAGGGAAGGCAGAGGCAGGUAGUGCAGGGCGAGCGGCUGUGCAGAGCCCUGCGAAGGAUUCCAUUCUAUUCAAGCCAUCAGGUGCCGCCUUGGCCCCAAUUGGAGGGUCAGGAGGCUCACAGAAGCUGGAGGCUCUGCGUCCGCGUGGGGGUUCAGGUGCAGGAGUGGCUACCAGAGCGCCUGCUGCUGGGUUUGGGCAUGCGCUCAACAUUGAGACGCUUAUGGCUGCAGCAGAGAAGCGAGAAAGCCCCAUCGAGAUGCCCUCAUCAGACGCACAGGACAAGGUGGCGUUUAUCAUCAACAACAUCGCAGCGGCAAAUCUGGACCAGAAGGCCAAGGAGAUCCUCGAGGUGCUCAAGGAGCCCUUCUUCCCCUGGUUCGCACAGUACCUCGUCAUGAAGAGAGCGAGCAUAGAGCCCAACUUCCACGAGCUUUACCUCAAGUUUGUCGACAAGAUGGCGGCCAAGUCGCUGCAGAAGGAAGUGGUGAAGGCGACCUACGAGAACUGCAAGGUUCUGCUGCGAUCAGAGCUCAUCCGCUCCAGCAGUGAGGAGCGCUCGCUGCUCAAGAACAUCGGCAGCUGGCUGGGCCGACUCACCAUUGGCCGGAACCAGCCGCUGCGCGCCAACCAGAUCAACCCGAAGAAUCUUAUCAUCGAGGCAUAUGAGAAGGGUCUUAUGAUUGCCAUCAUUCCAUUCACAUCCAAAAUUCUGGAACCCUGUGCGAACAGUGUGAUCUACCAGCCACCCAACCCCUGGACCGUGGGCAUCCUGGGUCUGCUGGUGGAGAUUUACAGCCUGCCCAACCUGAAGCUCAAUCUCAAGUUCGACAUUGAGGUGCUGUUUAAAAACCUGGGGAUCGAGAUGAAGGAGGUGAAGCCGUCGCAGCUGCUAGUUGGGCGGCAGAGGGAGAUGGAGGGAAAUCCGGACUUCUCAAACAAGGACCUGCUAGCUGCCCACCUAUCCGCUGCAGGAGGAGCGGGGGCAGGAGGAGCAGGGUCAGGAAGGGGUUCCCCUCAGCCUCUUGUGCGGUCAGCUGUUGCGUCCCCUGAGCCGCCUGGUCCUGCUGGUAGAGGGGCCAUGGGAGUGCCUGGUGCAGGGAAGGCGGAACAGCAGUCAUCGGUGUUGCUGCCCAACCUGGCGUCCUACAUCGUCAUCAGCCCCAAGCUCGCUCCAGUGGCACAACAGCUGCAGCUCGCAAGGAUCGUGCCUGCGUGCAUGGACCGGGCGGUGAGGGAGAUUGUGUCGCCAGUGGUGGAGAGGAGCUGCAGCAUUGCGUGCAUGACCACACGCGAGCUGGUGCUCAAGGACUUUGCAAUGGAGGCGGACGACAGCCGCACACAGAAGGCAGCUAACCUCAUGGUGGCAAGCCUCGCGGGCAGUCUGGCGCUCGUCACGUGCAAGGAGCCUCUGCGUGUGGCAAUGGCGAACCACCUGAGGACGCUGCUCCAGGCGGCACUGGCAGGGGCGGAGCUGGAGCAGGUGGCUCAGCUGCUGGUCAGCGACAACCUCGACCUGGGGUGUGCCGUCAUUGAGAAGGCCGCCAGUGAGAAGGCUGUGCGCGAUUUAGAAGAGGUACUGGGGCCAGCACUAGCCAUGCGGCGCAAGCAGCGGGAGGCACUGGGAGCUGCCUACUAUGAUGCAUCCAUCUACUCCCAGGGCAGCCUUGCCCGCAUCCCAGAGGCCCUCAGGCCCAAACCCGGGCGGCUCACGCUGGUCCAGCAGAGAAUCUAUGAGGAUUUCGCGCAUCUGCCCUGGCAGGGGCAGGUGCCUCAGGCGGGAGCGGCGGCUGCUGCUGCUGCUGCUGUGCUGGGCGGGGCUGGAGGGGCGGGGCAGGGCGGGCAGCAGAUGGGGCAGGGCGGGCAGGGGCAGAUGGUGCUUGGGCAGGGGCAAGGACAGGGGCCGCAGCAGGUGGGGCAGCAGGGGCAGCAACAGGUGGGUGGAGUGGUUGGUGGUGGUGCUGCUGGUGGGGGCAUGGGAGGGAUGAUUUCGGGGCUGCCUGGAUCGUCCAUGUCUCCUGUCCCUGGUAUCCCUGGCGCUGCUUCUGGCGCUGCUAGCGCGGUGGCAGGCCCCCCUGGGUUGGCCAAAAUCCCGAUGGUUGCGGAGGGUCCUCCUGGCGUAUGCUGGGAGCCCUGCUCCUCCCAUGGACCUCCCAGGCCUCAACCAGCAGGUGGAUUCAUCAGCGUUGCCACAGCGCAGGCGGUGGCGCUGUUUGAUGACUGGGUGCGGGUGAGCAAGGCAGCAGCAGUCAGCAAGCAAACUCAAAAUCUCCUUCCUCCACCGUUCUUCCCUCAUCUCUCCCCUUUCCCACACCCCCCUCAGGCGCAGGCAGUGGCGCAGGCAGUGGCGUUGUUUGACGACUGGGUGCGGGUGAGCGAGGCGGCGGGCAGCAACGACAAGGCAGUGGUGGUGUUUCUCUCGCAGCUGCAGCACUCCUCGCUGCUCGCCUCAGAGGACGCCGCUGAGAGGCUCUUCCGCACGCUCACAGACAUGGUCGUCGCGCACUGCCUCGCCUCCUCCCAGCCUCUCAACCCGCCCCCGCCUGCCGCCCCUGGGAGCGGCCAGGUGCCGCCGGCCCGAGGGCUGAAUUUCACGGCUGUCGACAUGUUCAGCCGCCUCGUGGUUCUGCUUAUCAAGUACUACGUGGAUUUGGGAGGCAAUGCGAAUCUGAGCAAGGUGAAUCUGCUGAACAAGGUGCUGUCGGGCGUGGUGAGAGUCAUCCACCGCCAGGCCGACGAGCGCCGCCUCACCAACCCUCGCCCCUUCUUCCGCCUCCUCGCCAACCUUCUGAUCGACUUGAACGCGCCGGAUCCCAACUUUGAUGCCGCCAGUCACCAGGUGCUCACCACCCUGGCGGCCACCUUCCAUGCACUGCAGCCUCUUCGAGUGCCCUCGUUCAGCUUCGCAUGGUUGGAGCUCAUCUCCCAUCGUUCCUUCAUGCCCAAGCUGCUGCUCUUCCCCGGGCAGAAGGGGUGGCCCUGGUUCCAGCGCCUGCUGCUCUCACUCUUUAAAUUCAUGGAGCCGUACCUCAGGGAUGCAGAGCUCAGCGACCCGAUCCGCUUGAUGUACAAGGGAGCUAUCCGCGUGCUGCUGGUGCUGCUGCAUGAUUUCCCCGAGUUCCUCUGCGACUACCACUUCAGCUUCUGUGACAUCAUCCCCCCCACGUGCAUUCAAAUGCGCAACCUGGUGCUAUCCGCCUUCCCGCGCAACAUGCGUCUCCCCGACCCCUUCACACCCAACCUCAAGGUCGACCUGCUUCCGGAGAUCAGCCAGCCUCCUCGCAUAUUGUCAGACGUGGAAGCUACUCUGAGGGCAAAGGGGCUUAAAGCUGAAGUUGAUGAGUACCUGCAGACGCGCCAGCCGCCCUCCUUCCUCUCCGCCAGCCUCAAGCAGCGCCUGCUGCUGCCGCCCGCUGAAGCUGUGCAGAGCGGCACCAAGUACAACGUGCCUCUGCUCAACAGCCUCGUGCUUUAUGUCGGUAUGCAGGCGAUUCAGCAGCUUCAAAGCAAGGCCACACCGCAGCAGCUGGCAGUGCCAACGGCCCCCAUCACCCACAGCGCCCCCAUGGACGUGUUCCAGCGGCUGCUGUCCCACCUGGACUCGGAGGGGCGGUACCUGUUUCUGAACGCGGUGGCGAACCAGCUGCGGUACCCCAACAACCACACGCACUACUUCUCCUGCGUGCUGCUCUACCUCUUUGCCGAGGCCAACCAGGAGAUCGUCCAGGAGCAGAUCACACGCGUGCUGUUGGAGAGACUGAUUGUCAACCGGCCACACCCGUGGGGUCUCCUCAUCACCUUCAUCGAACUCAUCAAGAACCCGAGGUACAACUUCUGGAGCCACGGUUUCACGCGGUGUGCACCGGAGAUCAAGAAGCUCUUUGAGUCAGUGGCGCGGUCGUGCAUGGGCCCGCCGCCCAAGAUGGACGAGGACGUGCAUGCUGCUGUUUCGCAGCAGGCCUGA